UCAACAAAAUAUGUACAAAACUUGCAAUUUUAUUAUUUUGUUCCAUUUUGUUAAUUAAUUAACAUUGUUAUAAAUUUGUUUAGCUCUCUAUAGCUACGUACGCAGUGGAAAGUAUGUGAGUUAACUACGUGUUAAAUGAUUAUAAAUUUUUCUUUGAAUUAAAAUGGGAAAUCAACUGGUCGGUGUAGCUCCAUCACAAAUAUAUCCAGUUGAACAUUAUUUAAGUGACCAUGUGGAUUUAUCAUUCGAUCAAAGCCUUGGCUCCACAAGAUUCUUCAAAGUGGCUCGAGCUCGCACCAGAGAAGGCCUGGUUGUGGUUAAGGUUUUUGCUGUUCAUGACCCCUCACUGCCGCUAGCCGAACAUAAGGAAAGGAUACUGAAGAUUAAAGAACAGCUUGCCUCGGCUUUUAACUGCUUACCGUUUCAGAGAGUUAUUUUGACAGACAAAGCUGGUCUUCUAAUGCGAGAGUACUGUAAAUGCAGUGUGUAUGAUAGAAUGUCAACUCGACCAUUUCUCACUGUGCUGGAGAAGAAGUGGAUAACAUUCCAGGUCCUGUACGCAUUGCACAGGAUGCAUAAACUUGGCAUCUGUCAUGGAGAUAUUAAGUUAGAAAACAUAAUGGUAACCUCCUGGCUGUGGGUGCUCCUCACGGAUAUCGCGUCGUUCAAGCCCACCUUCCUCCCGGAUGACAAUCCCGCUGACUUCAGCUACUUCUUUGACACGUCGAGACGAAGGCUGUGCUAUGUUGCCCCGGAGAGAUUUGUUAGGGCUCCAGAUCCUAAUGUUAGGAAUUCAGCUGAUGAUAGAACUAGCAGUCUGUUAUUAAGUGAAUCGCCGUGCAAAAUAGGUGAGCUCAUCCCCAGCAUGGAUAUAUUCUCUACUGGAUGCGCUCUUCUAGAGCUCUGGAACGACGGUACUCCAGCGUUAGACCUCCCAGGAUUACUAGCAUACAGGAACGGCGAAGACCGACCUCCCACUAUGACCUUACCAGAUACUUGCGAAGAGGAGUUACGGAUCUUACUGGAGUCCAUGACGGAGCGGAACCCGAAGGAUAGAAGGAGUGCUGAGAUUUAUCUGGACGAAGCUAGGGGCAAAUUAUUCCCUGAAUACUUCUACUCAUUCCUCCAAUCGUACAUGCUGAUAUUCUCCGCCCAACCAAUCCUACCAGCUGACGAGAAAAUAGCCCGUAUCUACCAGGACAUAAAGAACAUCAUCAAAAUCUUCACACAGCCGUCCAAUUCCAAGGACUACCAAAAUCUAGUUCCAGAGACCAGAGAAAUCCCCAAAGUUGAUAUGGAAGCAUUAAUAAAGGAAGGUUUUAGAGUUAUGAAUGUAAAUGUAGCCGAUUAUGAUGAAGAUAAUGAUAAUAAAACGAUGGAGAGUAAGGAAAUGGGGCCGGACGGUGAAGGAUUGAUUUUGAUUACGUCGCUAGUGACGUCUUGCAUAAGGGGCUUGCAUCAUUGUACGUCGAAGUUGCAUUGCUUGGAGAUCCUGCAGUUGUUGUGUGAGAAUUCCAGUUCAGAGACUAUUUUGGACAGGAUUUUGCCGUUUAUCAUCUACCUAUCCCACGCUCCGGAAGCUAGAGUCCGAGCUGCAGCAAUAUGGUGUGUGGCCAAAUGUGUCUCGUGCGUCCGGAACUUGCCUCCGCAAGACAGCAACGUGUUUCCGGAAUACAUCCUGCCGGAACUGGCGCCGCGGGCUUCCGAUCCGGCACUGCCCGUACGGAUUGCCUAUGCGAAUAACAUUGCAAAGUUAGCGGAGACAGCGGUUCGGUUUCUAGACCAAACCCAAAAUAUGGCUGACAAAGAAACAGCUAACAUCAACUACGAAACUGAACUUUCGGCGUUGCAUGAAAUGGUACGUUCCACAGUAUCGUAUUUACUGACGGAUUCUCAAGCCGUAGUGAAACGUGCGUUGGUCGAAAAUGGGAUCACAAAGCUAUGCGUUUUCUUUGGAAAACAAAAAGCAAACGACGUAAUACUGUCACAUAUGGUGACAUUCCUAAACGAUAAGGAAGAAGUGGCUUUGCGAGGAUGUUUCUUCGAGCGGGUAGUGGGAGUUGCAUCAUAUGUGGGCCAGCACGCUGCGCCCAUACUACUGCCGCUGCUACAACAAGGCCUGACAGACCAAUCGGAGUGGAUUAUAGCGAAGGCUUUACGUGCCACCACAAGUUUGGCAGAAUUGGGGUUAUUGCCGAAACAAGCUCUAUGCGAUUUGGUGGCCGAAAGUGCUGUGUACCUUGCUCAUCCUAAUCUAUGGAUUCGUCACGAAGUGUGCGGUUUGGUGUCGUGUGUAGCGAGCCUAUUGAACCCCAUUGACGUCAACUGCAAAAUACUACCGCUAGUGUGGCCACACCUUAAACACAAACUGAUCCAGGUGGAAAGAGCAGAACUACUGCUGGAAAGCUUAGCGGAGCCCAUACCGAGGAAAGUUCUAGACGCAGUACUGAGACACGGCGACGUAGAUCGCCUCGUGCAGACACUACGAGAAAGGCGGAGUGCUAGAUUGAAGGUAAAAGAAGGAAUGGUGCCACAGUACUCAGAGAUGGGACAACAACUUAAGAACUUAUUCAGAAGACUGGCUUCAGAUGGUAUGACAGAACACGUAGAAAACCAGUUACUAGCAAUGAGUGCACAUCUCAUCAAGAUUCAGAGCACUUCGACGCAGCAUAUAACAGACGCGCCAGGAAGAUUAGUACUAAACGGAGGCGGAAUAUCGAGAUCGGUGCAACUCGAAACGGGAGGCGAUACACUCGCGCACAAUAUCGCCGACAAACUGUACGCGUCUGCACAGACCAGAAGACCACAUAAGACGUCUCUCUCACACGAAACCCACAUGAACACUGAAUGGCAGCACAUGUUUGGGCAAACGCAGGAGCAAUCCUCUAUUAAAGGGUCUGAGACAGUGUCUCAGUCAGGUGCUUCCGGCGCGGUCGGUGCGGUGCAAGCGAGCGCUGUGUCGGUCAGCCAGCCUCCACAUUCGCAGAUGGGCACUUUGGGCCAUAGCGCGAGCUACGUGCAAUACAGUAUGGCCCCCUGUCGCAUGGAACUGAGGAAUUUAGUAACACGAAUGCAACAGAAGUUCCAAAAGUCACUCAGAAGUCACGAUGAUAAUGUGGAAGCAGGGGAAGAUCUUCUGCCUCCCGCGACGUGGCGACCCGGGAACCAGCUCCUAGCUUACUUACAUGAGCACAAGGCUCGAGUAAAUCAGUUGGUAAGGUUACCAGCUCACCGCAACCUGUUUGGAUCCUGCUCGGACGAUGGCACCGUUAGAUUAUGGGAUGCUGCCAAGCUCCAAGGUCACGCUUAUGUUAACAAAUCGAAGUCUAUGUACAACCGGAGUGCGGGCCCAGUGAUAUCGUUGGCGGCGUGUGAGGGUGGACACUCAUUGGUCGCCGCUACGCAAGAAGGCUCCAUUUUUGUGCUAAGAUUAGACACGGGAUCUUCUCGUAUGAGUUUAUCGCAGUGUCGUCAACUGGAGAGCAGUACAGACGGCGCGUGCGUGGCGUGCUCGUCCGCAGGCGGCGUGCACGCGGGCGUCAUAUCGUACGCGACGCUCAACGCGACUGUCGUGGGCUGGGACUUGCGAGCGCCGGGUAACGCGUGGAAACUGCAAGGGGACCUGAAACAAGGCGUGUACACAUGUCUGUACGCGAACAGCGCAGGGUACCUCGCGGUGGGGACUUCGAGCGGGGCGGUGUGCGUGUGGGACUUGCGGUUCGGGCUGCCCAUUACGUCGGUCAAACACCCUAAUUCGGAACGAAUUCGUCGUAUAGUGGGCUUUGGAGGCUCGUCGUCCCGCGUGUGGGCGGUGGGGGGCAGGGACGCCGCCGCGUGGUGCCUGGAGUCCACGCAGCGAACCCACGCGCUGUGGCCCGCCACCGCCGGCGCACAGCCGCUGCACUAUAGCCCCGUGGCUUCACACUACAUAAGCGCGCUAUACUGUGGGACACGGGACGGCAACCGCUUCCUCAUCUCUGGAGGUUCCGACCAGCGCUUGAGACUGUGGGACCUUCAACACCCUGAAGAUUCCCAUAUACUGCUCAAUGCGCCCCAUGACCAACUGAAUGCGCUUAAAUACAGAAGCCGUAUUGUCGAUGGUACGACUGUAAUCCAAGAGGUGUGCAAGUCCAACCCGUCAGUGGCGCCCUCCCUGCAGGAGGACAACGUGUACCGCACGGUGGAGUCGCGCAGCUUCUACCACACCGCGCCCCUCACUGACAUCACGCUGGUCGAAGCCGGCAAGUGCUAUCUAGUCAGCUCCUCUGCCGACGGCGUCAUCAAUGUGUGGAAAUAGUGGUUGCUCUAACUUUAAACGUACAGUCCGACAAACCUCUUUUGGCGCGUAGCCAAAAUCGGAACUUAAGCCGCCAUCUAGAGAAAUGCACUUGUUGAUAGUUCGCUGUGUCGGCAUAAAGCGACAACUGCGCCUUUACUCAAGUGCCAAAAGAGCCUUGUCGGACUGUCGACGAAACUUUCCUUUAAAUCUGGCU